AUGGAAGCCUCAAGCACUAUCAAGUACAGAGCCAACUCCGACGACAGCGCGCUGGAUGAUUGCUAUUUCCCUUGCAAUGCCGCCUACCUCAAAGCCCAAGUCAGUCGAGACUGGGAGGACUAUUGCGCCGCCGGCAACGCCUUCGAGACCUACUGGAACAACUGCCUGUGCUGCGUGCAAGCGAAGCUGGACAACGGUUACAAGGCCGAGGACUACCUGGCUAAAGACUUCGCAGGCCAGCUUGCGAUAUGCGAGUCAAAUGCUGCCGCGAAGCCCGCCAAGCUCUGGGAGCCUGCCCCUUGUACGAUCCCGUCAUCAGCUCCCGCCACGCCGAUAGUCACCCCGUUCCCGACACAGACGGUAUGGGGCAUCGGCGCACCCCAGGACUCCUUAGGAGUUGGGGUUUCGACAACAUACGCGCUUAGCCAGCUGCGGCCCAACCAUAACCAGCGUCCCGAAAUCACGAUUCCCACGAUCUCUGCAACACCGACCGGAGCUAGGACGACGCUGACGACGGUCACGUCCAGCCGCACCUUUACGGACAAGUCAGGCCAUUCCACUGUGUUGCUCGCCACCGAGACACUCUUGACGAUUAUUGGGAUGGAGAGCACGGCCACAUCGACACCUCAAAGUGAGGCCGAAGGCGUAACAGGAGGCUACGCAUGGAUAGCAGGCCCUGUGGUAGGCGGCUGUGUGUUGGCGCUUCUUUUGGUGCUGCUCGGGUGGCUGAUACGGAAGCGGCGGGCCUCCAGAGUUGAUGCGCGUGUUGGUCGGCAGGACCAUUCGGAAGAUGAUGGGGAUGCGUUUCACACCCACGAGCUCCCAUCCAAGUCCAUACCAACCCCAGAAAUUGAUGGGAAGGUGGCAGUCUUCGAACUAGACACUUCGGAGGUCAAGUCAACCCAGUGA